AAAAUGGAAAAUAAGGUGAGAAACCUUGUCUCCUCCCUGCCUCUGUGCCUUUCGUCCUCCUUUCGAGUGUCAACUCUACAAAACUUUGGAGAAGACGAGAGACAGGAACCGAAAAGUCGAAUCAAGUUCUCUCUCUCUCUCUCUCUCUCUCGUUCUCUCCGGCAAUUACUUGGUUCUUUCUUGAGGCUUAGAGGUAGUUGAGAAGAUGACAAGUGAGAGUGAGAUCAGACGUAACGGGAAAAGCUCCCGUUUGUCAGCUCUUGCUCAACCCUUCACCGUCAAUCGCCCUUCUCUGCGACCUAAUUCCACUCAAUUUCAUCCUUUACCUGUUUCUACUGCUUCCACUUCUCAUAUCAACUCAGGCUCGAGCGCCUAUGGACAUGACCGACCCCCUGAAAUCCAACCUAGUUCCUACUACAAACCCUACCCGCCAGAUGCACAUGAACCUCGAGCUGCUUACGUCAUCCCUCGUGACCCGGUAUCCGAUUCUUUGGCUGUUGCUGAAUCGGCUCAGGCUGGUUAUUUUUCGGGAUUGGUCUCUGCAUCUCACGAGAGUGGUAGUGUAGACGGGUUGGGCCAAGGAGAGAGUUCCUUUAGCGACUCGAUGGAUUUCAGUAGCUUGCUUAAACAAGGUAUUGCAAAGGAGAGCUUCUUCCCAAAUUUUAAUGCGCAUACUGCUGCACCUACAAUUUCCCAGACAUCGGAAUAUGGUUUUGCUCAACCUCCAAUUUUCAGAACCUCAACCAAUUCUUCUGUAAUUGAUUCAGUUUCAUUGAAGAAUGUGGAUCCAUAUUUUAGUGGUGCAGCGAGAAACAAGAAAAAUGUCCAUGAUCUGGUUAGCAUUUCGGAGGCUCAAAUUCUGUGCAGUGCCUCAGAUGGAAUAACUUGUACUGAGAAAGUCCUAAUUCGAAAUGGGGAGAGAAAGAGGGAUGAGUUUGUCACAAGCAGGGCACUGGAUCCCUUGGUUGGGGAUUCAUCUUUACCACGAAUCAAUUGUCCAAAGGUUUCUGAUAGUGUCAAUCCAAAAACGCAUGGCGCUGAAGCAAGUGGUCCUGUUGGUGAUAUGUUUUUUGACCAGAAUGACUCUGAGGUGGAUUCACCUUGUUGGAAAGGAACCCAAUUUUAUAGAUCAACAAGUGCAAUUUCCAGAACAGUUAAUUUGCAACAUUCUAGUAAUGAAUUAGAAGCAUGCAACAGAUUGAAUCCUUUGGCUCCUCAGUUUUUGCCAUCUGACAGUAGACAAACUAUAGACACCGAAAAGGAAUAUGAUGCAGAUGAUUUUUCAUCAUUCCAGAGAGCAUUGUCUCCAUCUGUUGCUUUCUUCUCAGGGGACCACGGAGUAAGAGAAUUUGUUAAAGCAGGAAGAUGCACUUCAGAAGUGAUCAGUGUUGUUGGGAUGCAAUCUUCUAGUAAUGUCCAUGAGCCAGAAAUACCCUGUAUGCUACCUCACCAGUCGUAUGGAUGCUCUGCACUUGAAUCUCCUGGCAGAGAUUCUAAUUUUGUGAACUUAAACCAUGCUGGUAAGGUGACAGAUGCGUCUAACAGAUUGAAUCCCUUGGCCCCUCACUUUGUACCUGCCACUGCUAAACAAGACGGUUGUCAGCCUGAGAAAGAAUAUGAUGGAGAUGAUUCCUCAUCUCUCCAGAAAACUGGAUAUUCUUUUGUUGCUUUCUCAUCUGGAGACGGGGGAUUGGUUGUGGAUUCUGUUAAAGCACAAAGAUCUUCAGAAGUUAGCAAUAUUGUUAGGACUCUUUCCAAUGCCAAUAAACUGGAAAUAGGCAAUUUUCUGCCCAGUUUGCCACAUAAAAGCUCUGUGAUUGAACAUUCCUGUGUUCAUGAACCUCAACCAUCUCUUGUACCGAAGUACUUGAGAUCUAAUAAUCAGCUGGUGUCAGGGCCAAAUUUUCCAUGUUCCGUUAGGAGUAUUAGUGCCACUGAAAAUAAUUCUUUGAAUAAUAUGUCUUUCCAUGUAACAGAAAAUGUCUUAAAUUCAUCUUCCACUGAAGUUGAACUCUUUCCCAAUUUUACUCAAACACGUCAGGGUUCAUGCAAAUCUGCAUCUUCAAAAAUAGAUGGUGAAUUACUGCUUAAUAUGAUGCAUGAGCUAUCAGAGUUGCUUAUUCAGCACUGUUCAAAAGAUUUUCUUUCAAUGAAUGAGAGUGAACAUGACAUUGCCUGGAAUGUUAUUAGUAACCUUUGUUUAUAUAUCAGAAAUACAGCUCCAAGGGAUCAAAAGUCCGAAUCAAGCCAUCCGGGUACGUCGUAUAGUCCCAGGCAAUUAGCUGAUGAGGCACUCAAAGGGAACUCAACUAAAAACCUACAGGUGACGAGAACUAAGGGUAAAGCUGUUCAAAAUGAUCUGGAGAUGAAAGGAAGUUGUUCCGUAUUGUUUGAUGAAGCACUGGGUUCUUCUUGUCCAGGCAACAAUGAGGGAAGGGGAAAAGCCAAUGGCAUAACUCAGAUGCAGGCUAUUGCUAAGAAUGCUUUGCAAGGAUCCUGUGGAACUGAGGAAAUGAGCCCGCAGGCUUUGCUGUUUAGGAGUUUGUGGCUAAAGGCCGAAGCAGCAUUAUCUUUCUUUAAUUAUCAGGCUUCUGCAUCAAACGUUAGCAAAUGAACUCAAGUGACAUGAACCGAACAAAGGACUAUCAGUGUAGGGCUGGUGACUCUAGUUAACACACAACCAGAAGAAACUGUGGUUGGCGUUUCUGCAUCCAUAAUAGGAUGAAGCAUCAGAUGCCUACUAUUCUAAUCUUGCAUGAUGCUGACUCUACUAAGUUCAGUUAUAUUAUAGCUGCAAAUAACAGCCUCAACAUGAAAAUUUCCUUUUUGGAAGCCGCAAGAUGAAAUUCUAGGAUUGAGUUUUCUGGAUGAUUAACAUGAUAAUCUGGCACAAAGAAGCCGAAGAAAAAGAAUAUACAGAAAUUGGGCCAGGCUUAAGAGGGAGCGUGCUGUUUUUGUUUGCGCAACCUGAACUGAUAUCCACGGAUAUUUACUUGUAGUCAUUUAUUGAUUGCUGCUUCAGUGGAGCUGUAAACUUCUAUAUACCCAAUUAAGAUUGAGAUUGAAAAAAAAAAUGUAACAGACAGGACAUGCAUCUCAAUGAAUUGGUGCCACGAAGAUUAUCUUGACACCUUGCUGAUAA